AUGACAGCUCCUGUAAACGGAGAUUCAAGGUUCAAUCCCCUUCACGGCAAUCCAUUCGAAACAAGAGACGAUGUGGCCAAGGCUGUGACAUCUUUAUUCGAACCUUUACUGCCUGUGUUCUCAAAAGGUUGUGCCCGUGUUCAAGUCGACGCGUCCACGUCAACUUGGGAUCGUGCAGCUUGUGACUUGGAAGGCUAUGCUAGGCCAUUAUUUGGCAUUGCGCCGUUGGUUGCCGGCGGAGGGAAAUUCAACUAUUGGGAAAUGUAUAGGGAGGGGUUGAAGAACGGCACAGAUCCACAGCAUUCAGAAUAUUGGGGACCAGUACCGUCAAUGGACCAACGCCAUGUGGAAGCAGCUGCUCUUGCAUAUGCGAUCUUGCUUGUCCCGAGUUAUUACUGGGAGCCGCUUGAAGACCCGGUAAAGAGCAAUGUCAUUAAAUGGCUGCUGCAGAGUCGCAAUGGAGAACAUGGAUCAAAUAACCAUAAAUACUUUCGCAUCAUGGUGGACCUUGCGCUUGAAAGUGUUGGCGUUGAAGUUGAAACCACAGGCACAAACGACUAUUUGGAUGAUAUGGAGAGGCUAUAUAUAUCAGAUGGCUGGUAUCGUGACGGAGAAGAUGAAGGCGACACACGACGCAUAGACUAUUAUAAUCCGUUUGCAAUGCAUUACUACGGCUUAUUCUAUGCCGUCCAUCGACCGUCAGACAAGGCACGCGGCGACCGAUUCAAAGAGAGGGCGCGGGAGUUCGCGCCCGCCUUCUUACACUGGUUCGCAGAUUCUGGUUCGAACGUUCCCUACGGUCGCAGUCUAUCGUACAGACAAUGUGUUGCUGCAUACUGGGGCUACCUAGCAGUGGCUGGGGUUGAGGCAUUGCCAUGGGGAGUCAUCAAGGGUAUAUAUCUCCGCAACUUGCGAUGGUGGAGCGCACAACCUAUCUCAAGACGUGAUGGUAUUCUGACGAUUGGAUACGCUUACCCAAACCCUUUCAUGGCCGAACGGUAUUUAUCAACCGGCUCUCCUUACUGGGCUAUGAAAGUUUUUGGUCCACUGAGCUUGCCCGCAGAUCAUCCAUUCUGGGCAGCAAAAGAACUUCCCAUGCCCGAGCGGCCGCCAAUCACUUCCUUCUCAGUACCAGGCCUUGCCUUCAUGCAUAUGCCUGGCCAUACAAUUAUGCUUAACUCUGGGCCAGAUUCUAAUAAAACCAUGCGCUUUGUACCGGAGAAAUAUCUCAAAUUUGCUUAUUCAAGUCGAUAUGGUUUUUCAGUGGAGAGCGAUAGCCGAGGAUUUGAUGUGGCAGUUUUCGAUAGCAUGUUGGCGUUCAGCGAGGACGACAUACAUUACAGGGUGCGCGAGCACUGCGAGGUCGCUAAAAUGGCUGGGAAUAAAAUCUAUUCGCUAUGGCGUCCAUGGUCUGAUGUUAUUGUUGAAACAUGGCUCAUCCCAUCCGCUAAUUGGCAUGUUCGCAUUCAUCGAAUCCAGUCACCUCGAAGGCUUGCCGCUAUCGAGGGAGGGUUUGCAGCUCCAAGGGCUGAUUUUAACGUCGAUAAAGUUCAUAUAGACGAUAACUCCACAUGUAUAUUGUGUAAUGAGGGCGAUUUUAGCGGCAUACUGGAUGUUUCUUCGCCACCAAAGCGAUUUGGGAGGGCUACGAAACCUCAUGGCAAUACCAGCCUUAUGUUCCCACGCACGAUAGUGCCCCAGCUCAAGGGAACCGUUGAAGCAAAUGAGACCCAAAUAUUUGCUUGCGCUGUCCUCGCAGGGCCAGAUGGCAAGUCGAUCAAGGAACAAUGGCAGUUGCCUCCCAUCAUUCCGACGAUUGACGAGCUUGAACUAGAAUUCCAAGACAAGGGAGAAGAGAUUUCUAUCACGAAGCCAUAUUCAUCACGAAGAUAG